GAUGUGUAUUUAAAUACAUGUCAAGCCCUGCCACUUGCAGAGGCUACGCAGAUGCUGGAGGGAAGCUCCUCACUGGCCCAUCUGUUGCCUUGGGCUGCCAAUCUCGUCAGCCUCUCUGCUGAGGUGGCCAGACAGGUUGCCGAGUCAGAAGAAAACUCCACAGGCUGCCUGUCGCGAGCAACUACUCCUGCAAGUUCUUUCAACACCUGGGGUUUCCAUCUCGGUGGAGAUACAGAGUAGGAGCAGCUCGUGUCAGGAUGCCUAGUAUAUUUGCCUAUCAAAGUGCUGAAGUCGACUGGUGUGAGGAGAACUUUGUGCACUCGCCGUACAUCGCUGAAUACUACAACACGUUCAGCAACCUGUUCUUUUUCAUCAUGGCGCCUCUGAUAGUAUGGAUGAGCCCCCAAUACAUGAAUUACAGUCCGGUGCCUGUCCAAGGCCUCGCCAUUCUGCAGGUGUUUAUUGGCGUGUUCUCCAUCUACUUUCACAUGACCCUCAGCUAUGCAGGACAGUUGCUUGAUGAGAUCGCUAUUCUGUGGACGAUGGGCUGGUGCUACGCUUUCUGGUUCCCAAUGCGUCAUUUCCCAGGAUUCAUCAAGAACAGGGAGCAGUUCAUGUCGUUGGUGGCCAUUCUGACUGUCCUGAGCAGCCUGAUGACCUUCUUGAAACCAGCCCUGAACGCUUACGCUCUCAACUGCAUUGCCUUUCACAUCGUCUACUCGACCUGCGUGGAAGUCAGGAAGUGUAAUAACCCCCGCGUCCACCGCCUGUUUGCAACAAUGGUAGCAUGGUGGAUCAUCUCCAUUUCCUGCUGGCUAACUGAUAAGUUUUUAUGUGGAGUCUGUCAAAAGGUCAGCUUCAGCUACUUUCACAGCUUCUGGCAUGUUUUUAUCAGUGUGGCCCUCUUCUACUGUGCCAACGUGUGCAUGUACUUCGACGUCGCAUUUGAACUGCCAAGCGCGGAGCCAGACGUGGAGUAUUGGCCCAGCAACACCAGCUUCAUAUCGAUGCCUUACAUCAGCCUCCCAAAUCUGCAUAAACAGUGCUAGCGUGGCCUCAAGAUCAAAGACGGUCCGAGGAGACCUGUGCUGUCCCUAACAUGUCCAAAGAUUGCAUCCAGUGUAGUGCCAAGUUAGAAGCCACUUAGCGGUGUGUAUGUUCUGCUUGUGAAAUGUUUUGCGCUAACCAGAUGCUGUUGUGCACAAGCCGGCUGCAGAUCACCAUGUUGCGCUGUAGAUUGUGCAAUCUGUUGCAUCAACAGGUUUCUGCUAGUGCAGCUGUUGGGUUGGAUUCCUCUGUCGCGCAGUGGUGAAAUUCACACACCCACUAGUGCAAGAGGCCUUGUGCUAGCAAACAGAGAACAGUGGGUGCAACUCAAAAGUAUUUAAGCUAUCUAUUCAGGGAGGCCAUUGCUGUGAGAUCUGGAGGGGCAACUGGGAAUGUGGGACGGACGAUACUGGACCAUACAAUUUGCUCACCCCAUAAGUGUGUUCUGCCUCGUUUCCCUAUUAAACUACAUUUAAAGAAAA